AUGUUUGUAAAGACUGAAACAAAGCUGAUCAGUUCUCCAAAGUAUACUUUAAGUGUAAACUAUGCAAGGAAGGUAGUACUGAUAAUGCUAACAUUCUCUGACCACAAAGUCGUAACUUCAGAUAAAAAAAGAGGAAACAAAGCUGCAAUAUCAAACGAGAUAAAAAAGCUGAAAAAAAGAAGAAGAAUAACUACUAUUACUAACAGCAUGGACAAGUGUAAGAAUUGCGAUAAAACCGAACGUAAAUCAGCAAGAUUACCCAACUGCGAGAACCAUAUCCUUAGCAAACAGGAAGUAUUUCACAAGAACCUUGGCCAAAGAUAUCAGACAUUUGCCAGAAAGCUUCCCCUAGAUAAAUGUGUAACAAUUCAGCACCUGAACAAUUUAAAGUCUUAG